CAUUCACUCCAAAAUGGAGUAAACGUUCAUAUUUUUUCCUCGGGUAUAGGAGAGAGAUAACUAGGAGAGGGCACGAAGUUCCUUGGUUCCAUGCAAAAUGUCUCCAAUUUCUCAAUCUCUCCAUCAUCUUCCACCUCACCAAUCUCUUUCUUUUUAUAUUUUUUUAUAAUUAUUUUCUCCCAUGCAUGUUUUUCGUUUGGAAUUUGCCAAUUCAGGAAAUGAAAAAAAAAAACAAGAGAGAUGGGUUCCAAACUUGUAAUUCCACGAGAUUUGCCACCAUUUUCGGCCUAAGAAACCUCUCUCCUGCUUCUUGCGGACGUGAUGUUGGACCAUGCUCUCUGAACUGCAACAUUGUUAUAUGCAUGAAUCCAUCUAUGCACAAAUUUCUUUUCUUUAAUUUCCCCUUUUUUUACUUUUAUUUCUUGUCAUUAACUUCUUCUCCAGGUAAUCGUUUUUCUUCUCCUCUCUUUGUCAAAGAGACUGGAACCUGAGAAUUUGUUGAAGGGGCAUGUUUGCCUUGUUACAACGAAAAGAUGAUGAUGUGAGAUAACUGAAAGGAUCAUAAUAAGUUCUCAGUUGAAAUGGAUUGUCAUGGUGGUAUUUGCCAAAGCUCUCCAAACCGGGAGCAUGAAGGCCUUAAUGAACAUGUUUUCUUGCAUGGUGACUUGGAUCUGUUGAUAGUAGAAGCCAAGUCUCUUCCAAAUUUAGAUUUAUCCACUGAAGCAGUUAGAAAAUGCAUCACUAUGGGAAACAUGUGCCAUCCUCCAUUUAUAAAAGGACUUAAGACACACUCAGGAAAAGACAAGAUGAUAACUAGUGACCCUUAUGUUUCGGUAUGCAUUGCUGGUGCUACCAUAGCUCAGACUAGAGUCAUUGCUAACUGUGAGAACCCUUUGUGGGAUGAGCAAUUCAUUGUGCCUGUUGCUCACCCUGCACAAAAACUAGAGUUCCUUGUGAAGGACAACGAUCUUCUUGGUGCUGAACUCAUUGGAGUUGUGGAGAUACCUGUUCAGAAGAUAAUUGCUGGAAACACUAUUAAUGAUUGGUUUCCCAUUAUUGGUCAGUAUGGAAACUGCUUAAAACCUUAUCCUGAAUUGCAUAUUUCUGUUCAGUAUAGGCAAAUUGGAGUGAACCGUUCAGAGAGUAUCAGUAGUGGGGAUGGAAAAGCUUUAGGAGUUCCUAAAACAUAUUUCCCUCUCAGGAAAGGAGGGAGUGUGACUCUAUAUCAAGAUGCACAUUUACCAGAUGGUAUGCUACCUGAAAUUCCACUUGAGGGUGGAAAAGUGUUUCAGCAGAAUAAAUGUUGGGAGGACAUAUGCCAUGCAAUUUUGGAAGCUCAUCACCUCAUAUACAUUAUAGGAUGGUCAGUUUAUCACCCAGUGAGGCUUGUCAGAGAGGCAACAAAACCAUUGCCUUCGGGGGGCGAGCUUUCGCUUGGAGAGCUGUUGAAGUACAAGUCACAAGAAGGGCUCCGAGUGGUUAUGCUGAUUUGGGAUGACAGAACUUCACAUGACAAGUUUCUGUUGAAAACAGAUGGUGUCAUGCAGACUCAUGAUGAAGAAACUAAAAAGUUUUUCAAACAUUCUACUGUUCAUUGUGUGCUAUCUCCACGUUAUGCAAGCAAUAAGCUCAGUAUUUUCAAGCAACAGGUUGUGGGAACCCUCUUUACACAUCACCAGAAAUGUGUGCUUGUAGACAGUCUAGGUUCCGGCAAUAAUCGAAAAAUAACAGCUUUCAUGGGUGGUUUGGAUCUAUGUGAUGGUAGAUAUGAUACACCUGAGCAUCGGCUCUUUCGUGAUCUAGAUACAGUCUUUCAUAAUGAUUUUCAUAAUCCUACAUUUCAAUUAAAUUCAAAUUCGUGUUCACCAAGGCAGCCAUGGCAUGACUUACACUGCAAAAUUGAAGGUCCAGCAGCAUAUGAUAUAUUGACCAAUUUUGAACAAAGAUGGAGGAAGGCCAAAAAAUGGCGCGACUUCAGGCUCAAAAAGGUGACAAAUUGGCAUGAUGAUGCUUUGCUAAGGCUAGACCGGAUUUCAUGGAUUGUCAAACCUUCUCCUUGUUCCAACGGCGAUAAAUCUGUCCAUGUAACCGAUGAAAAAGAUCCUGAGAGUUGGAAUGUGCAGAUAUUUAGGUCCAUAGAUUCAGGAUCCGUGAAGGGAUUUCCAAAGGAUGUUGACAAAGCUAAGUCUCAGAAUCUUUUGUGUGGAAAAAAUUUGAAAGUAGAUCAAAGCAUCCAUACUGCUUAUGUGAGAGCAAUAAGAUCGGCUGAGCGCUUUGUAUAUAUUGAGAAUCAGUAUUUUUUGGGCUCCUCCUAUCAUUGGCCUUCAUAUAAAAAUAAUGCAGGUGCAAACCACCUGGUUCCCAUGGAGUUGGCUUUGAAAAUUGCCGGUAAGAUCGGUGCAAAUGAACGCUUUUGUGUAUAUAUAGUUAUACCAAUGUGGCCAGAGGGUGUUCCAACAAGUGCUGCUGUUCAAGAAAUAUUGUUCUGGCAGGGACAGACAAUGUCUAUGAUGUACAAGAUUAUAGCUGAUGCCCUUGAAAAAGCUGGUCUCUCCGAUAAGUAUCAUCCACAAGAUUAUCUCAAUUUUUACUGUCUUGGAAAGAGAGAACCACAGUCCACAAAUAUUUCACCAACACCAAAUCCAUCUGAAAACCGCGCUUUGGUAUCAGUUAAAAAAUUCAGACGUUUUAUGAUUUAUGUCCAUGCCAAAGGAAUGGUAAUUGAUGACGAAUACGUAAUUAUUGGAUCAGCAAAUAUUAACCAGAGAUCCUUAGAUGGUUCGAGGGACACAGAAAUAGCUAUGGGUGCUUAUCAACCAAAUUAUACAUGGACAGAAAAGAAUGCUCAUCCACGUGGCCAGGUGUAUGGAUACAGAAUGUCACUGUGGGCUGAGCACCUUGCUGAUCUUGAUCAUUGUUUUACUGAACCUCACAACCUGGAAUGUGUGAGACAUGUCAACAAAAUUGCCAAACAAAACUGGGACAUAUAUGUGUCUGAGGAAGGGAAUCGGAUGAGGGGACACUUGAUGCAAUAUCCAGUUAAGAUCAGCAAGGAUGGAAAAGUUAGUGCACUUGAUGAUUAUGAAUCCUUUCCUGAUGUUGGUGGCAAAGUUCUUGGAUCACCAAAUUCACUUCCGGAUGCACUAACCACCUGAUUAACUGUUAUGAACCAAUAUCCCCCCGACAGCUCAACAUUCUCUAACAGAUUCUGUUAGAGGGAAUCCACCAGGUGCUUGAUGAUUCUGCUUUUGGGUCGUUGAUUGGUGCCCUUAGUGGUCCUUUUGCUGGUUUGUUUUCUCCCUCCUAACAUUAACCAAAGGAAGUCUUAGAAAAUCCGCCUACAGAUGUAACAUUAUGAAAUGGUCCUAACUCCUAAUGCAUCUAAAUAAUUACCUUUUGUAUGUAAAUUUCUGUAUUUGAUAGUGAGUGCAUAAAUCUCUUUUAAUAUAUAUAUAUAUAUAUAUAUAUAGGUGUGAGAAUGGGGCGGGUUGGGUACUAUAUAUAGUACUUGUAUCCGCAUCCAUCCCAUUAAAUCAUUAAUGGGUACUGUAUUACAGUCAGAGAACAAUCAAGAGGAAGAUGGAGCUUGGAAAAUAUAGAUGAUGUGGUCACAUUCUGCAUGAGUGCUCUAAUUUCUUAAUUGAGUCUGCUUUUGACGUACUUGGUUGAUAAUGUGGUAGCAUAUGCACAUAAUGCCAAGGGUAAGCAGAGCACUAGAUUCAGUUGAUGCAUGAAGUGUAUUUUUUGGAUCAUGGUUUUCCCUUUCACGUGUAGCAAUUUCAAUUCAGUUGCUACUUUGGUGGCUUUUUAAUAUACGGGAUGAAGAUGAGGUUAAUGGAAAGAGUUGGGAACUUAUGAUACAUUGAUUAUGCAUAACAUAUGGUUCUUGUAUUUCUGUAGUCUAGAUAUGAUUCUCAUUCAUUUUGAAGAACUUGAAGCGGUUAAGUUAGGAUUUAAUCUUUUUCGCGUUUCC